GGCCUUCAUUGCCUUUAUAAUUUUCAAAUAUUUCUUUUUCUAUCAACAAACAAUGUCUUGUCACCCAACCAAGUUACGCAGACCUCUGCCGGUUCCGGUCGAGCUCCUCCUUGACCUUUGCCUUCUCUCCACCACCAUGUGAGAUUGUUCCUUUCUGUUAUGUUUUUUUCCAUUGCUGAUUUCGUUUUUCUUUGCUUUCUUCACUUAACAUGUCCAACUCUCGGUGCAACUUCACUUCAAAGCCUUCCUAAUACUCCAAAGUGAUUUUUUUUUUAUUCCCAAUUCCAUUGAAUCAUGACUGUAACUCAUAUGAUCAGAUACCAAAGCUAAAGAAGAGCAACUUCAUGGUUUUUCUUUGACUAUUGAGGACUUGAAGUCCAGAUUUUCUAGGGUUGUUGCAUCUUUGUAGCUCUUAGCUUUAGGGUUUUUGGUAUUUGCUUCAUUUUUUUUAAAAUUUUCUGGUUGUUUGCCUUAGCUGGGUUGGUUGAGAGAUGGAAGGCUAUAAUCAUAUAAAUGAUAACACAAAUCCGAGGGGGAAUUUCUUGUAUGCUUCAGCACUUCUUGCACCCAAUUCUUCUCCUUAUGGUAGAACAAAUAGUGGCUCUAACGUGAGCAAUCAGCAGACCCAGAUGCCUUUAAGUCCUUUCCAUCUUCAAUCAAGUGAAUGUUUCCAAUCUGAAGCACAUCCUAUUGUGAAGACAGAAGCCAGCACUUCCCACCAUGUUCAAAAAUUUCACUACCCUUUAUUAAGAGGGCAUCAUCAAGCACUUAAUCAACAUCAAGGGAAUGAAAGCUCCAGUGAUGUGGAAGCUAUCAAAGCCAAGAUCAUAGCUCAUCCACAGUACUUUAAACUUUUGGAAGCAUACAUGGAUUGCCAAAAGGUGGGAGCUCCGCCGGAAGUAGUAGCAAGGCUUGCCGCUGCUCGCCAAGAUUUCGAAGCUAAGCAACGAUCUUCAGUCACUUCCAGGGAUGCUUCGAAAGACCCAGAACUAGAUCAGUUUAUGGAGGCUUAUUGCGAUAUGCUGGUGAAAUACCGGGAAGAGCUUACAAGACCCAUUCAAGAAGCCAUGGAUUUCAUGCGAAGAAUCGAAACACAACUAAAUACGAUCUGCAAUGGCCCCUUGCGGAUCUUCAACUCCGAUGAGAAGUCUGAGGGUGUCGGGUCGUCCGAGGAAGAUCAGGAGAACAGUGGUGGGGAAACAGAACUACCGGAGAUUGAUCCCAGGGCUGAGGACCGAGAACUAAAGAACCACUUGUUGAGGAAAUAUAGUGGAUAUUUGAGCAGUCUUAAGCAGGAGCUUUCUAAGAAGAAGAAGAAGGGAAAACUACCCAAAGAAGCAAGACAGAAACUACUUAACUGGUGGGAGUUGCACUACAAAUGGCCAUAUCCUUCGGAGACUGAGAAGGUGGCAUUGGCUGAAUCAACGGGUUUGGACCAGAAACAAAUAAAUAACUGGUUCAUAAAUCAAAGGAAACGGCAUUGGAAGCCGUCAGAAGAUAUGCAAUUCAUGGUGAUGGACGGUCUCCAUCCACAGAGUGCAGCACUCUACAUGGAUGGUCACUACAUGGGUGAUGGUCCUUAUCGUCUAGGGCCAUGAUCAAGCAGCUGCAGCAACUUUCAUGCUAGAGCGUAGCAGUGUUUGUUUACAUUCUCUCAGGCGUCGCAUGAAAACUACUAUAUUCAGGCCGUGUUGUAUUAUCUUUGAGAAGCUUAGGUAAUGCUCUAAAACCUAAAACAAUAAUAUAUUUUUUUUUUACUAGAAAUGUAAUCAUAUAAUCUCGUGUGUCA